UUAGUGGGAGGCGCCCCCUCUGAACCGGUUGGAAGCGCCCAGAGGUUCUGCCAGGGCCACUGCCGCGGACUCCGCUCCCAAAGGCGCUUUCACGGCUGUGCCAAGGCCUGGUGGCCCCCCGCUUCUCUGCCCAGCGAACCAGCUCGAAGAUAUUUCAGGAGCACGGGAAAUUCCCAAGUUUUCCUCGUUUCCUCCGAUUAUUUUGCGCGGCAUAAUAGCAACCCUAAUUCAAUGGCGCGAUGCUGAGGAAUGAUUUUUAUCUGGGGAUUAAAACGUCUUUGAAAGGCAAGCCCCUCCCCGGGCCUAAUGGCCGGGGAAGGUGGCCCAGCACUGCGCUGUCGGCAAAAGGAAUGUCCGCCCCUCGGGUGGCCUGGCGGAAAUGGACUCUGGGGCCAACCGCUUCCCCGACUCUCAGUGUCUUUGAUUGGGAAAGAAGGAGGGACUGUUAACCCGAAUUUUCGUUUGACUCACAUCCUGGUGGUCUGAGGACCCAAAGGAUCAUUUGUUUUUAUUUGUUUAAGGCUUGAAAAAAUGCAUAAUUAGGCAAAACCCGCAUGGUGAAACAUUCCAGAUUUGAAUUCAUUUCCCCCCCAGAGAGAAGCGGCUGCGUAGGCAACAUGGCCUUUCCCGGGCUUGGGAAUUUGGUGCGGGCCUCUGCCUGGACCCUAAAGUUGCCUGUUGUCCUAGGCGAAAUGUGUUCCACGUUUUAUUUGGGCACAGCUGCCUGGCAUGGCAGGGGCUGCCCUGACCAGUGGGCCCCGUCCCCAGCUGGCUCAUGUCCGUCCUUGAAGUCCGCGUUGAAGUCAUAAGAAAAAGAUUGUUCUGCACUUUUGAUGUCUGUGGACUGAGCCGCAGGUCCGGGAGACGCCAGAAGCGGUUGCACACACCUCUUCCCACUGGACCUCACAUUUGAGUGUGACCAGAGGGCCAAGGGCUCUGGGGGCGGGAGAGGGCCAAGAGACAGUUGAGAUCAUCAUAGGAUCAGAAGAAGCCCCCUUCGAAUGCAGUCUCUUUCCCACCCCCCUCCACACUGCAGGACUUGGCCUUGGUGUGAUCUUGGGACCCGGGGCCUUGCUCCACCUGCGGUGUGGGGGACUGCCCUUAGAGCCGGGUAGGAACUCACUUUAAAGAUUGGAAUUUGGAGAUCUGGAUUCUGCCGCUCUGGCCUAGCCGAGCGCCGAGCACUCAGUGGACACAGAUCGGUGUUCCACCAGAAUACCCGGUGUGGUCUUAGACUGGGCGCAGGGCCUCAGUCUGGGUGUCUCAUCAGCCCUAGUAACAGCCAUGGCCCCCAUGUGCCCGGCAGUGGGAGAAGGUCCGGCUGGGACAGGCCCACCAACGCGGCCAUCAGCAUUGGGCCGGUCACUUCUCCCCACUUAUGCUCGGGCCUUGAACCUGGGGCGCCUGAGCCCCCCAGCAUGCACCCUGCGCAAGCACAAGACCAACCGCAAGCCGCGGACGCCCUUCACCACCGCGCAGCUGCUGGCGCUGGAGCGCAAGUUCCGACAGAAGCAGUACCUGUCCAUCGCCGAGCGCGCCGAGUUCUCCAGCUCGCUCAGCCUCACCGAGACGCAGGUGAAGAUCUGGUUCCAGAACCGCCGCGCCAAGGCCAAGAGACUGCAGGAGGCAGAGCUGGAAAAGCUGAAGAUGGCUGCGAAGCCCAUGCUGCCACCGGCCGCCUUUGGCCUCUCCUUCCCGCUGGGCGGCCCGGCGGCUGUGGCAGCCGCAGCCGGCGCCUCACUCUAUGGCGCCUCGGGCCCCUUUCAGCGCGCCGCGCUGCCCGUGGCGCGUGGACUCUACACGGCGCAUGUAGGCUACAGCAUGUACCACCUAACAUAGAGGGCCCCAGGGCCGCCCACCCGUGGCACCAGCCGAUUCCUCCAGCCCCAGCCUUCUGCGAGCAGCAGGGGCGUCCCCCGCGAGCUCCCCUGUUCAGCACCGCCUGGCUCCUUCCUUUAGCUCCCGCUCAGCUCUGGUGUCUCCUAGGUCGCUCCCUGAUUUCACUCUCUGAAGUCCGAUCCUCUUCCAAAAAUGUGACUGGAAGGGUCCCUUCUGUUCUAGAAUCUAGACCCACCCCCCUCGUGUUACAGAUGGGGAAACUGAGGCCAGAGAGGUUAAGACAUUGACCCACCGGGUCCCCAGCAGAGGUAGCAGUUGGGUCAGGACCAGAGGCCACUUCUCCAGCACCCCUGCCUCCUGUCCUGAUCCCAGGCGGGGAAAGCACGGAGAAAUUCAAGUUUGAAGAUGUUGGAACGGAGGAUCCUGGGAGAGAAGAGCAUGCCGGGAGAUAUGGAUCCCGGUCCUUCCGUGGGAACACUUCUGGCCUGAGCAGCCAAGCGUUAGCUUUGGGUUGGGGGGGCGGGGGGUGUACACAGAUGCGUUACGAAGGUAGGUUGAAGGGACCUCUCUCUUACCAGUACCAGAAAAAAAAAUUGUAAAAUAAAAAUUUAAAAUUCUAUUUAACAGUACAUUUGUGUGGCUCUCGAGAAUCCCUUUGGAAGGGAUUGGGUGUAAUAUACUGUAUAUUUGAAAUUUUAUUAUCAUUUAUAUUAUAGCUAUAUUUGUUAAAUAAAUUAAUUUUAAGCUACAA